GGAAUUCGGACAACACGUUCUGACGUUCUCCCGACGACAAGGAGAACGGUGUUUUGACGAAGGAGUCGCGUAUCUUGUACGUAUUGUAUUCCUUCUCAUUCCUCAACUUCUGGACGAUCGUCGAUCGUAUUCGUAUCGUACAAUUUUAGUCUCAUUUCGAUCAAAUAUACCUAUUAAUUAAAACAAUGGCAACUCCGAAAGUAUGGGCGAAAAUACAACCCUUAGAGAAUCCUGUCAAUCUACUGGAUAUCACAUCAGAACAGCUGGCCGCGAGUAUGCAAGAGAGAGAAUUGAAACAAUAUUUCAAUGACGAUGGCGCGAACAAAAAGACAGACAAAAAUAUGGGAGAAACGUAUGAUGCGAGCGAUACCGGUAGUGAUGAGGUUAUAGCGAAUUUAUUGCAAACACAGUUUAAUUGGGAGUACGAUACGAUGUUAAAGCGCACAGAAGAAAAAUUUAAUCGCGAUUCGAAAGUGAGUAUCUCGUAUAGUAAUUACCGUAACUCUUCGCAUGAUACUAAGGAUGAAGAAAAUGGAGACUUUAAUGUGGAUGAUAGCAACAGGGACUUUGAUCGUUUUGUCAGCAUAGAAAAAGAAUAUGCUUCGAUACCACGUUGUGGUUAUAAGAAGAUUGGCAAAGAUUCUCAGAUUGUUACAAAACAUGACAUGUUAAUGUCUUCCAGAAUAAAUGCUUGUCGGGUGUUACAAUUUCCACCAGGUAUCCAUACAGGAGAUACAGGUGGGUUUGAUGUCAAACUAAACAAUAAAGUAUAUAACACUCUGCGCGCAUACAGUCGCGCGCAAUACUCCAAGGAGAGAGCAAAGAUAUCGCCAAAACCUAAAAAUUCGAAAUAGAAUGUUAAAAAGAUCCAACAGAUAAUUCUUUUCUGCAUCCCAGCAGUAUUCCAUACUGCGUUAACAUGUGUUGGUAUUUUAUAUUGGUAUUUGUUAAAAAAUAUGGUAACAGAAAAAUAUUAUAUUACAAAGCGGAAAAUUGAUAGAAUAUUGUGUAUAGGAGUUUUAUCAAAUCUGCUACUGUGUCAUAGUAGUAAGCAACAAAUUCUUAGCUUCUUUAGCAACAAUUUCAAAAUUUUCAACAAUUAACAGAAAUACCGAUAAAUGUCAUUAACAGGGUAUGGAAUAUUUCUGCUUUCACAAUUGUAUUUACGCCCACUUACUGUAAAUACAUACAGCAUAAUAUGACGAAACGAUGAAUUUGUAUAUAUAAUCCAGAGCUAAAUGUACAUUAUAUAAAACUCCAAAAAAAUAUAUAUCUUGAAAUUAAAAGAAAAAAUUUUGAUCAGAA